AUGUUGAGUGAACUCUGGGCUUCAUCGUACAGCUCUUCCAGUUUCCUGCGCAAGAUAGCUCGUGCCAAAUCCGGUGGAAAAGAUAAAACUGCGACUUAUGAACAGAUCAAGGGAACUCCGAUGGGCUCCCAAAUCUCCGGUUUAAUAGCGGAAUUAGUCCUACAAGAACUGGAUAAGAUUGCCUUCACCCAACAGCCCCCCAUCUUUUGGCGCCGUUACGUUGACGACGCCUUUCUUAUCGUCAAGAGGAACAUCCUGCAGAAUUUGCAAGAUCUUAUCAACUCGAUAUUCCCAGAUAUACAAUUCAUGAGAGAAGAAGAAAAGGAUCGACAGCUACCCUUUGUUCAGUUCAGUUAA